AAGUGAGCUCUGAUAAUAUUAUCACACCAAAUAUAUGCAACAUAUGCUCUCAACUUAGUGAAAGAAACAAAACAUUAAAACAACACAUGAAUUGUUUUCAAUAAAGCAGGGUACUGGCAUGGUCAGAAAGGUCACGCAGAAUCUCACUUCUUUAGCUGUACGAUAGACAAGAACUGCUCGCCUACUGAUAAGAACACUUGUAUAUAAAGGCCUCUACAUUGUCGAAACAUUAACAGUCUUUAGGCAUUGGAGCUAAGUAUCUAAUCCGGAGCAGUUGUCGCAAUGAAGUUAACUAUCGUUCUUUUGGCCCUCGUUGGCCUAGUAGCCGCCGCUAGCNCAUUCUCUAAAUUAAAUGUGCUGCUGUUUGGAUUAUCGAUGUUGAAACAGAAGUUCCUCUUCGAAAUCGUUUACCGCGUGGAGGAUCCACUGAUGUUCGAGGAGUACAUCAAGAUGGGUCACAAUUUGGUCUACGACAAGGCACUUUACACCCACUUUGAUCAAUAUAUGGAGAUGUUCUACGAAUCCUAUAAAAUGGGCGCGCUCUUGCCCAGAGGUGAAUUCUUUGGUGCACUCGUUAAGACUCACCACAAACAAGCUUACGGUCUAUUCAACUUCUUCUACUACGCCAAGGAUUGGGAAACGUUCCAAGCCAACGUUGCAUGGGCUCGCAUCCAUGUCAACUCAAGCAUGUUCAUCUAUGCUGACUUUGUUCCAUCAUCCAUCGCGAUAUUUCAAAGGGCACAAAGGGUUGUCCUUCGCACCUUCUACGGACCUAAAUUUGACGAAUAUGGACGUAUUAUCUCGCUCAAGGAUAAUCGCAUGAACUUCAUUGAAUUGGAUGAAUUCGUCUAUGAACUAACCGCUGGUGUAAAUGUCAUCAAACGUUCAUCUGAAGACUUUUACUGGACUGUUAAGGAUCGCACUACGUACACUGAAUUGUAUCAAUAUGUGAUGGCUGCUGUGGAUGGUAAAUACGAAUUGCCUUUGAACAUUAGUGAAUCCCACGGUGGAUUCCCAGAUCGUCUGCUCUUACCUAAGGGUAAGGAGUGUGGAUUGCCAGUACAGUUCGUAUUUNUCAUUACUCCAUACGAUGGCUCUGUCGAACACCCCUCGAACAUUGAUGUUAACUACCUAUCUGGCAUUGGUUCCGGACUACGUUACACUGAUAACAAACCAUUCGGCUAUCCAUUCGAUCGUCCCAUCGAUGAAUCCCAAUUCUUCGUGCCCAACAUUUACUUCAAGGAUAGCAAGGAGCUGAAUAUCUACUCCGAAGCUUUUGUAGCAAUGAAGACAGCCAUCGUUCUACUGGCCUUUAUUGGCCUAGUGGCUCCCACCGGCGUUUCUUCACCCAACAUGCUUACCACCGCCGAUAAUGCUUUCUUAGAGAAACAAAAGUUCCUCUUCGAAAUCGUUUACCGCGUGGCGGAUCCAAUGAUGUUUGAGGAGUACAUCAAGAUGGGUCACAAUUUGGUCUACGACAAGGCACUUUACACCCACUUUGAUCAAUAUAUGGAGAUGUUCUACGAAUCCUAUAGAAUGGGCGCGCUCUUGCCCAGAGCCAAGGAUUGGGAAACGUUCCAAGCCAACGUCGCAUGGCCGCAUCCCGUCAACGAAGGCAUGUUCGCUAUGUCUGACUUUGGUGUCAUCCAUCGCGAUGAUUUCAAGGCAAUGAUUUAUCAAGCUGAGAAUGAUUACAACACCUGGAGCAAAUACAGUCAAUACGAAAAGGAAUUGAACGAUGUCUACCAAGCACCAAUAUUAAACCAGGAUCGUCUGCUCUUACCUAAGGGUAAGGAGUGUGGAUUGCCAGUACAGUUCGUAUUUUUCAUUACUCCAUACGAUGGCUCUGUCGAACACCCCUCGAACAUUGAUAUUAACCACUUUUCUGGCAUUGCUUCCGGACCACAUUUCGUUGAUAACAAACCAUACGGCUAUCCAUUUGAUCGUUCCGUCGAUGAAUUCGAAUUCUUCGUGCCCAACAUUUACUUCAAGGAUUUAACUAUCGUUCUAUUGGCCCUCGUGGCCUAGUGGCCGCCACUAGCGUUUCUUCGCCCACCAAGUUACGUAGCCGAUCAUGCUUUCUUGGAGAAACAGAAGUUCCUCUUCGAAAUCGUUUACCGCGUGGAGGAUCCACUGAUGUUCGAGGAGUACAUCAAGAUGGGUCACACUUUGGUCUACGACAAGGCACUUUACACCCACUUUGAUCAAUAUAUGGAGAUGCUACUAACUUAUAUGGGCGCACUCUUGCCCAGAGGUGAAUUCUUUGGUGCACUCGUUAAGACUCACCACAAGCAAGCUUACGGUUUAUUCAACUUCUUCUACUACGCCAAGGAUUGGGAAAUCGCCAACGUCGCAUGGGCUCGCAUCCAUGUCAACGAAGGCAUGUUCGUCUAUGCUUUGACUUUGGCUGUCAUCCAUCGCGAUGAUUAGGGUUUGAUGUUGCCAUCCAUCUACGAAAUCUUCCCACAAUAUCUCAACAGCAAAUUGAUUUAUCAAGCUGAGAAAUUCGAUUACAACACCUGGAGUAAAUACACUCAAUACGAAAAGGAAUUGAACGAUGUGUCACCACAAGAACCACCAAUAUUACAACCAGGGCUAUUUCUAUUCCUGGAUCACGCUUACGAAUAUGGUUAUGAUUCCGAAUUGAUUUCCUAUAACGGUGUUGGAUUCAGCACUCGCAGCAACUACUUCGAACGUAGAUCUUAUGGCAAAUACGACAUGUUGAACCAAAUCCAAAGCGCCUUCAAGCGUAUCUAUGAUAUCAUAGACUAUGGUUACUACACCACCGCUGAUGGACACAAGAUCGAUAUGCGCAAACCCGAAUAUAUGAGCCAUCGGAGUUACAUGCAAUCGAAUAUUGAUACUUUCGAUAGAUUCUUCACAUAUUGGAAUAUGUUGAGUCAUAUGUAUCUCGCUGAUGUGGACUACAACGAUUUUGAGGUAUAUCCAAAUGUUUUCCUCAACUUCGAAACUAUGAUGCGUGAUCCAAUGUGGUACAGCUUCUACAAGAAAGUUGCCGAUGUCUUCUACCGUUUCAAUUAUCAUUUCACACCAUACACACAAGAAGAACUGGUUGCUCAAGGAGUUCAAGUCAAGGAUGUCAGCGUUAGUGAAUUGGUCACAUAUUUCGAUUUGGUUGAUAUUGAUGUUACUAACUUGUUGAACGACAAAAUGGUCUUCGAUGAUGGUAAAUUCGUGUGGGACAAAUCUUUGUACGCUCGUCAAAUGCGUCUCAAUCACAAACCAUUCCACUACGAUGUCACUGUGGAAUCUGAUAAGGCACAAAGGGUUGUCCUUCGCACCUUCUACGGACCUAAAUUUGACGAAUAUGGACGUAUUAUCUCGCUCAAGGAUAAUCGCAUGAACUUCAUUGAAUUGGAUGAAUUCGUCUAUGAACUAGCAGCUGGUGUAAAUGUCAUCAAACGUUCAUCUGAAGACUUUUACUGGACUGUUAAGGAUCGCACCACCUACACUGAAUUGUAUCACUAUGUGAUGGCUGCCUUCGAUGGCAAAUACGAAUUACCUUUGGACAUUAGCGAACCACACUGUGGCUUCCCAGAUCGUCUACUCUUACCUAAGGGUUGGGAGAGUGGUUUGCCAUUACAGUUCGUCUUCUUCAUUGCUCCAUACGAUGGCUCUGUCGAACAGUAUGCUAACUUUGAUUACACCUAUUACUGCGGCAUUGGUUCCGGUGCACGUCACAUUGAUAACAAACCAUUCGGCUAUCCAUUUGAUCGUCCCAUCGAUUUAUCUCAAUUCUUCGUGCCCAACAUUUACUUCAAGGAUGUGAGCAUCUAUCACAAUGACACACUGAAGCAAUACUACGAAAACUACAAGAACUACGGAAAAUUCGACUACAACUUCUACAACGAAUACUACACCAAAUACUUCCAUUAAAUCAAGUGCUCAAGCUGGCUGUGGACUUAAAUAUCGCCGAUUUUCAGAUUAUUAAUCGUUAUAUAAAGAACACAUCUCAGAUUGAGGUGAUGUUCCAUUGUUUAAUUGUUAAUGAUCAAAAAGUGUUUACCUAGUUUUAUAGAAUGUAAUCAAGCAAGGCAAUAAAAUAAAAAAUAAGCAAAUAAUUGCUAAAGAAAUUAAAAAAAAUUAAA